GUCAAUAAUAUUAUGAUCAGAACCUUUAGUUUUUAUCCAUGUACAGAAGAUUCUGCAACCCAAAUGGUCCCUUUAAAUAAAUACUCCUAUUGCAUUUGCCUACUACUACUGCAUUUCUCUCAUCUCUUUCUUCUCCUCUCAAGAAAUUAAAUAUCUUUAGUGAUCCAUGAUGAGUGCUACUACAGCAAGAAGUAGGUAUCCUUUCACAGCAACUCAGUGGCAAGAACUUGAACAUCAAGCUCUUAUUUACAAGUAUAUGGUGUCUGGUAUGCCUGUUCCUACUGAUCUUCUUUACACCAUAAGAAGAAGCUUGGAUUCUUCCCUCUCUUCCAAGCUCAUUCUUCACCAACCUCAUCACAUUGGAUGGAACUGUUUUCAGAUGGGAUUUGGGAAGAAAAUAGAUCCGGAGCCAGGUAGGUGUAGAAGAACAGAUGGAAAGAAAUGGAGGUGUUCAAAAGAAGCUUACCCUGAUUCCAAGUACUGCGAAAGACACAUGCAUAGAGGCAGAAACCGUUCAAGAAAGCCUGUGGAAAUUACAUCAACAAGACCUACUAUUACUAAUACUACACCACCAACAGCAAUUCCCAUCUCAUCAAUCACCAAAAACACAAACAAUCCUAGCCCCACUUCUAAUUCUCACUCUUUUUCUUAUUUGACUAAUGAACCCCACCAGUAUCCUUUCCUUAAUUAUCCUCAUUCUUCUUCCACUAGAUCCCCUGGUGUUAGUUUGUCAUCAAAUCAAGAACAUACCCCCAAGUUCUUUUUGGAUUCUCCUGCUUAUUCCAGAAAUGGAUAUGGGGAUGGAAUGAAGGAGGAAGUAGAUGAGCAUGUAUUCUUCUCAGAGGCAUCAGGGACAAUGAGAAGUACAUGUGGUUCAAAUUCAGUGGAGGAUAGUACUUGGCAAUUGUCACCACUAAAAAUGGGGUCACCAACAAUGUGUCAUUUGAAACAGAGGACUACUAAUUAUUCACCUUCACAGAGUACUGGGGCUUCUUACUUACAACUCAAUGAUUCUUCAAGACAGCAACAAGAUCAUCAUCAGUAUUUUCAUGAUUUGCCAAUGAAAAUAGAGACAGAAGAUCACCACCAGCCCAAGAAAGUAAUGCACCAUUUCUUUGAUGAAUGGCCUAAAGACAACAAAGACUCAUGGCUUGAUUCUGAGGACAAAUUUUCCAAAACUCAACUCUCAAUUUCAAUACCCAAUCCCUCACAAGAUUUCUUCAUCACAACUAACGAGAAAUGAAGCUUUGAGAAUGAGAGAAGGGCCAAAAGAGUACUAGUACUUGUUAAAUGGUGGUGGGGCGGUGCUUUUCUGAUGUUAGCUUUCCGUAUACAUGUGCGUAGUGGUGUUCUAAGAAGUGUGUUUUUUUUUUCUUUUCAUGUUUUUAUGUUAAGUUUAGUACUUGAAUUAGGCAGUAUGUGGUGUCUGGCUAACUGAGCAUUCACAUGGUAUUUGAUUGUCAGCAGAAGAGCAUUGUAUUCCCUGCCCCCUAAUAUUACUACUCACUGCUACUAUUAGUAUUUUGUUUUGUUUGAAUGGCCAGGUUUUUCUGCCAUUUUGCCACAUGUUGUUAUGUUUUUAUCAGUCUAUAUGACGUGUUGAAUA